AUGAAGUUCGUCUUCAUCAACGUCAAAGAACCCAAAGACGCGCUUCAACUAGCCAAAGAUUCCGAAGUGCGAUCCCACAUAACCCGUUAUCAAUGGCAGCAAUACACAGAUCGAAACAAAUCCAAGCCCAAGCCCAAGCGCCCGCCACACACAGCCGAACAAAUUAGUCCACUUACUUCUCAAAAUGUGAAUCUCACAGACUCUCCGGAUACCUCCGAGUCCGAUUCUUCACUCGUGUCUCUAAACCAAAUCUCUUUAUCACCCCAAAUAGGCGGACUCCGAGUUGAUCCUUUCCAAUCAUAUCCUGUGUCUACCCAAACUUGGACCCCGUUACUUGUCGAUCACUAUUUAAUACAUAUGGCCGUUGACAUCCCUGAACUAGACCAGCCAGGAAACAGGGGUCUUCUCAGAACAAGCUGGUUCCCAUUAGUAAUGACCGAACCAGCCUUAUUCUCAGUAAUAAUGCUUCUCGCAGCAUCGCACUACGCCUCUUUACAAGAAAAGCCGAGUACCAUGAAAAUGAACCUUCUCGGCCUCCGCUCCGAAGCCAUAAUAUCCAUAAACAACUGUCUAGAGCACCACCAUGGACCAGACUUCAUACACGAUGCUCUCAUAGGCGCCAUUGCCAAAAUGGCAAGCUACGAAGCCAUGUUCGGUAGUUUGGAGAAUUAUAAUAUUCACAUGCAGGGACUUGAGAGGAUUAUCGGAAUGAGAGGAGGGUUGAAUGCACUUGGUUUAAACGGUUUACUUCACCGCAUAGUGGUGUGGAUUGAUCGGAAUGCAGCCUUUUUGCAUGGAUCGGCCAUGUACUUUCCUCAUGCUACUUUUGUUUCGGCUCCGAAUCCGGGUCAUUUUCUGGGUAGUUCGUGA